AUGGCAUUGCAUGUGCCUGAACGAACAUGGGCACUACCCGCCCACUCUGUCGACCUAGACAGAUACCAGUCCAAUUCGACCAGUGACGAUGAAUCCAAAAAGGAGUCCUACAGUAUUAUCGAACGAUACACGACAUCAGACUCCAUAGAUGUACCGCCUAUGGAUGGCGGAUUCCAUGCUUGGAUGUUUCUACUUGCGUCGGCUAUGCUAGAAGCUCUUGUAUGGGGAUAUGCAUUUGCAUUCGGUGUCUUCCAGGAAUACUACAGCGCAACUCCGCCCUUCAAAGGGUCAGAAAAUAUUGCCGUGAUCGGAACAUGUGCGAUGGGCCUUGCAUAUAUGUUAGCUCCCUUUGCGAUUGUGUUCAUGAUAUUGGUUCCCCGAUUUGCUCGCUGGGUUUCGACGGUUGGAGUUAUUCUUAUGUGCCUCUCUCUCGCAAUAAGCUCGUUCGCUACUAACGUUACCCAUCUUAUGUUGACCCAGGGGAUUGGGUUCGGGGUUGGCGGGUGUCUGGCAUAUACUCCUUCAAUCCUUUACAUGUCCGAAUGGUUCUGCAAGAGAAAGGGAUUGGCCUUUGGAGUUGUCUGGGCAGGCUCGGCAAUCUCGGGCUCCGUCUUUCCAAUCACCAUCGAAUGGUUACUGAACAAAUAUGGGGUUGAAUCCACAUUGAGAGUUUCAUCAGUUGCUCUCUGCCUCCUCGCAGCGCCUUUUCUGUACUUCCACCAUCCCCGCCUCCCGCCCGCCAAGACAGCCAGCCAUGAACGACUCAACUUCCGAUUCCUGGUCAGUAAAGUGCAUCUUGUGUACCAGCUCGGUAACACAAUCGAGGCCCUGGGCUUUUUCUUGCCAACUAUUUAUCUUCCAAUGUGUGCCAGAAGCCUUGGCGCCAGUAAAUUCCUCUCGUCGUUCACGGUGACCCUCUUUAACCUGGCUGCGGUAUUCAGCAACGUCCUGAUCGGCUUUCUCAGCGACCGCUACCAUGUCACCAUCUGCAUCUUGAUAUCUACUGUCGGAACGGUGCUUUCGGUGUUCUUCCUGUGGGGAUUCUCGACUUCCCUUCCUAUUCUAUACGUAUUUUGUGCAUUUUACGGGUUGAUGGCCGACGGGUACUCCUCUACGUGGGCGGGUAUCACCCACGAGAUUCAACUGGCGAACCCGGGCUCAGAUCCGGCAGUUAUUUUCCCAUUCAUGGAGCUGGGCCGGGGAAUAGGGAACGUGGCGAGUGGUCCGCUAAGUGAGGCGCUGCUAAAAGCGCCAAUGCUCCGGGGCAAGGCAGGAGGAUUGUACGGGAGCGAGUACGGGUCACUUGUUGUUUGCACAGGCGCCACUGCUCUUGUUGGUGGUAUAUCGGUGAUUUUCCGUUGGCUCAAAUGGAUAUAG